AUGGCACCAAAAUCUAGCUCAUCUAAAAAGGCAAGCUCUCCAAGUUCCGGUGCCCAGUCCACGAAGACCGCAAAGGUGAAACUACCAACAGAAUAUAUAGCUCGACCAUUGAACAUUAAUAAUGACUAUGCCAAGGCAUGUAAUAUUAUUAUACAUCCCGAUGUACUGAAAGCCAACGAAAUUAGCUCCGGGUCGAUGUGUGUUGUAUCCAAACUAGGAGCUAACGGUGUCGUUGCAAUUGCCAAAGCAGGUGAUGAGAAAUCGCAUCCGAUUGAUGUCUUCAUGUUGUCCUCUGCAUUGAGAUCUAUCGGUAACAUUCUUUUAGGUGAUAGAUUAGAAGUCCGGAAGAUUUCUUCCCAGCCACCAUAUGCAUCAUCAGUAACCAUUGGUACAUUACAAGGUAAGGAAAUAACAGAAACUGUGGACAGAAACUUUGUCGAGAAAGCCUUGAAAGACUGUGGAAUUAUAUGUCCAGGUAUGGUUCUAGAAAAGAUUAAUAUAUCAAAUGGAGAUAUCUUAGAUAUUGUGAUAAUAGCCAUCGAUAGUGAUUCUAUGCCGACCCUUGGGAAUAUGUCCUUACAAGAUAACGAACCUUCCGGUUCAGUAUUUUUAUCCCCUCCAGUUCUUUACAAGAAUGGUUCUACUGUAUUCAAAUUUACCAACGAAAGACAUGCUAGUAGUAAAUAUGAUAUUCCAGCACCACUAACGUACGAGUUUGUAGGUGGACUGUCUAAGGAAAUUGAGAUAUUAAAAAACACUAUUGACUUACCGUUGUACCAACCAACUUUGUUUAGUGAUUUUGGUGUGACUCCACCAAGAGGUAUUUUGUUACACGGUCCUCCAGGUACGGGUAAAACUAUGCUAUUGAGAUGCGUGGCAAACACGGCGAAUGCACAUAUCUUAACUAUUAGUGGACCCUCCAUUGUUUCCAAGUAUCUAGGUGAGACUGAGGCUGCUCUGAGAAACAUUUUCAAUGAGGCUAUAAAAUAUCAACCAUCUAUCAUUUUUAUCGAUGAAGUGGAUUCCUUAGCUCCAAACCGUGCUAAUGAUGAUAGCGGUGAGGUUGAGAGUAGAGUUGUAGCUACACUGUUGACUCUGAUGGACGGCAUGAGCACUAAUGGUAGAUUAGUGGUUUUUGGUGCUACGAAUAGACCUAACUCUGUAGAUCCUGCACUAAGAAGACCUGGUAGAUUUGAUCAAGAGAUUGAAAUUGGUAUUCCAGAUGUGGAAGCCCGUCUAGAUAUUUUACAAAAGCAAUUUUCAAAGAUGUCUCCAGAACGUUACACAUUAACUGAGGACGAUAUUAAGACAAUUGCUUCAAAGACUCAUGGUUAUGUCGGUGCUGAUAUUACUGCUUUAUGUAGAGAAUCUGUUAUGAGAACCAUACAACGUGGUUUAAAAGACGAUACUAUAGUAGAUAAAACUCUUCUGAAAGUAACUAUGAGUGAUGUUGAAAAUGCUAUGCUUGAAAUAAGACCUAGUGCUAUGCGUGAAAUUUUCUUAGAAAUGCCAAAGGUUUACUGGUCAGACAUUGGUGGUCAAGAAGAUUUGAAGAGGAAAAUGAAGGAGAUGAUUCAACUACCACUAGAGGCUGGAGAAACAUUUUCAAGAUUAGGUGUCUCAGCCCCGAAAGGUGUUUUACUGUAUGGUCCACCUGGUUGUUCCAAAACAUUGACAGCAAAGGCACUUGCAACCGAAUCUGGAAUUAACUUCCUUGCAGUGAAAGGUCCAGAAAUCUUCAAUAAGUAUGUCGGUGAAUCUGAACGUGCUAUUAGAGAAAUUUUCAGAAAAGCUCGUUCUGCUUCCCCAAGUAUUAUAUUCAUCGAUGAAAUCGAUGCCUUGUCACCAGAUAGAGAUGGUGACUCUACGUCAGCAGCGAAUCAUGUUCUUACAUCUUUAUUAAAUGAAAUUGAUGGUGUUGAAGAAUUGCAUGGUGUUGUCAUUGUCUCAGCCACCAAUAGACCAGAUUCAAUCGACCCCGCUCUACUAAGACCAGGAAGAUUGGAUAGACAUAUUUAUGUUGGCCCUCCUGACUUUGACGCAAGACUACAAAUAUUGAAAAAUUGUACUAAAAAAUUCAAGGUUAUGGACACAUCUGUCGAUUUGGAAGAUUUGGCCAGACGUACAGAUGGCUGUUCUGGUGCUGAAGUUGUGUUGUUGUGUCAAGAAGCUGGUCUUGCAGCUAUUAUGGAGAAUUUACAGGCUGAUAGAGUAGAAUCAAGACAUUUUGAGAAUGCCUUAAAAGAUAUAUCCAAGGGUAUUACACCGGAAAUGUUGGAAUAUUACGAAUCAUUUGCAUCAAGAAGCGGUAUAGCUCAAUAA